CCAUGUGAUUCUCGCGCUUCGCUUCGGACGAUGAUAUCAAUAAGGCACAUGUGUAAACGUUGGUUCUUCUUCCUCUCUUUGGCCACUGCCACAGCAAUUGCAGGGGGGAGCCGGGCAGUGUUCCCGAGGAUGGACUAUGACGAGUGGACACCACUGGGCCGAGGAGACCCGCUCAAGAACGACCCGACCUACGACUACGUACCUCCUGUGUUGGAUAGAGUCAACUACUGGCUGGAACCUGAGGCUAGGACUCCGGAUCCUCAGAUACUACUGCUGGGGGCCUCUAGUGGCAAACCUGAGAUGGGCAAGAUGAAGAAACAGCCCCAAGCGGAUUCUCGGAGGGAUAUUUUCAACCCACUGAUGCAGCUGAUUGAGAGGAAGCACACGGGUAGAUUACGUCCUCAGUACAUACCUCUACAGGGGGGUUACAUGUACAAGACGUCCCCCAUGCGACUUCCCUAUACUGUGCUGGUGCCACCGCCCCCGGUACAACGACCCACGGUACCGGUAUCCUCCACGACCCCCCCAGAUAGUGGCACCACGGCCCCACCACCAGAGACUGAGGGAACCACUUACGCCACCUCCGAAGCGACUGCUUCCACCACCAACAUCCACAAGGUGUUGUCUCCCCUGAUAGACAUUCAGCCCAGUGGUCAGCAGUCAUUAUCUUCCUCUCUACUGCAGAUUAUACUACAGAAUGAGAUGGCUUCCACCCCACCAACCUCCACUACUACAACCACAACUCCACACCCUGCACUCACAACAGAUCCACUCUUCUCCCACUACAAACAGCCUGCUGAGCCUCUCAGAGGCCCCAUGUACCUCAUCAUCCAAGGACACUCCAAGGUGAAGACUUACGGAGCGUCAGGCAUUGAUGUCCAGGAGGAUAAUGAGGUGGGGGAUCGGCGUAGAAGGAGCAGACAAAUUGACCUAGAAGACUUCCUACCUGUGGAGGAAACAUUGGAAGCAUUGGCCAAGGAUUACUUGGACGAUGACACAGUAGAGGGCUCUGGGCUCAAGACUAUCCUGGCCGCAGCCAUAGGCAGCUGAGACUACAAAUAUCUUAGAUACGUUUUUUAAAUUCAUUGAGAUAAUAGUAAGAUCUUAUACUAUGGAUAGAACAAGAUAUUCUAUUCACAUCUUAAACUUGUAGCCAUUUCCAGAAUAAAA